AUGAAUAAUAAUUAUUCUAAUAAUGUAAAUCCAAACAUAUUUGCUAUUAAUGUCGAAAAUGUGAGCUUUUCUUAUAAUAACAAAAGUAAUAUUUUAAAUGAUGUAACACUAAAAGUAAAUAAAGGACAAAUCUUUGCAUUAUUGGGCUCUAAUGGUUGCGGCAAAACAACAUUGUCUCGACUUAUAUUAGGUCUAUUAAUGCCAACUAAUGGAACCGUCAAAGUAUUUGGCCAACAGUUGAACACUAAUCCACUGACCAUAGGAUAUAUGCCACAAGAGAUGGCCCUUUGCUCUGAACUAACUGUCCGACAAAUACUGUAUUACUAUGGGAUGAUCUAUAAUAUGACCAACAAAUUAAUUGAACGGCGAAUUCAAGAGCUAAAUGAGUUGUUAUGUUUGCCUAAACAUAGUCUAACUAUUCGUAAACUAAGCGGUGGUCAACAAAGAUUGAUAUCCAUUGCCGUCUCAAUUAUACACAAACCAAGACUACUUGUGCUCGACGAGCCAACUGUAGGCUUGGAUUCAAUACUUAGGGCUAGAAUAUGGAGUUAUUUGGAAAAUGAAUGCAAAGUAAAUGAUCUGACUGUAAUGAUGACAACCCAUUACAUAGAGGAGGCAAAGAAGUCUUCGAGUGUUGCCUUUAUUCAUAGCGGUAUUUGCCUAAAACAGUCGGCACCAGAACUCCUACUCAAUGAAUACCACUGUCCAACACUUGAAGAAGUUUACUAUUAUUUAUGUCUUGAUUACAAUAGGAAUCAAAAGCAAAAUAUUAAAUCACAAUAUUUUGCAAACAAAUGUCAAACAAAUUUAGAAAAAUCUACUAAAAAUAAAAGUAAAAUUAGACCAAAAUUUCAAAUCAAUGCAAAUCAUAUAAUGACAUUAUUAUGGAAAAAUUCAAUCCGUUUGAAGCAAAAUUCAAUGGCUUUAUAUAUUUUUCAUUUAUUCCCACUUUUAUUAGUCUAUGGUUUGAAUAUUUGUUUCAGAAAUCCCGAGCGACUAAACCUAGCCAUACAUACAGCCGAACCAAUACCGGACCUCUCACUCAAGUUUAUCAAUGCUAUCAGUGAUAAAAUGUUUGAUUAUGAAAUACAUAAAACAAAUGAGACGGCAUUUAAUAGUGUAUUAAGUGGUGAAAACACACUUUCCAUUGUUUUUGAUCAAAACUUUACCGACAAUUUCCACAAUCGAUUGUUAUAUCCAAUGGAUAUUUCCGACGAAGAAGUGGACAGUAGUCAAGUGAAAGUAUAUGCAGAUAUGUCCAGUAUAUCUGGUUAUUACGCUCAGUACUACUUGUGGAAAGUGUUUGCAAAAUUUAUGACUAACUUUGCCACUGAGCUUGACUUCAAUCCCAAUGCUUUCUCUUUACCCAUUGAUAUCCAAAAACACAUUUAUGGUAACCAAGACUUUUCGUUUAGUAAUCUAUUUAUUCCGGGAUUUCUAAUAUCGUGUAACUUCACGUUGGCCUUAGUAUUGGCCACUUUUUAUGCAAUCAGAGACCGAGAAAAUGGUCUCAAAGAGCGUGAUAUAGUGGCCGGUGUGACCAAACUUGAAAUAUAUAUAACACAAUUGCUUUUAAUAAUUGCAAAUAUUGUCAUCCAAUCAUUUAUAAUACUAGUAUUUGCAUUUAAAAUACUUGAUUAUCAGUCCAUCGGAUCCCUUAUUGAUAUUUACAUAUUAUUAGUUUUCAUAUCAUUGCAAGGCAUGAGUUUUGGUAAUUUUGUAUCACUCUUAGUAAAGGACGACUUAAAAGCAACAAUUAUAGCCUCUUAUAUAACGGCACCAUUGUAUGUAUUGUGUGGUGUGUUUUGGCCAAUAGAGUCAAUGCCUAUACCUUUGCAAAGUUUGAUUAUAUGGUCACCACUUACAUCACCAAUAAUAUCAUUAAGAUAUGUUAUGUUUAGGGGUUGGACUAUUAGUUCAAUUCAUACCACACAGUGUUGA